AAAAUCAUCAACACUCGCAUCCCACAAGCUCCAACAACAUACAAACAAACCUCUCGAACCCAACGUCAGCAUCAUGGCACAGAAAUACGCAAAGGACCAGCCUCAGGGCUUCGCCAAUAAGAUUGAGAGGGUUGCCAUUAUCGGUGCCGGCGGAUCCGUCGGACAGUUUCUUGCCCAGGCAUUGGUUGGCACUGGGAAACAUAUCGUCACCGCCAUCAGUCGUGCUGGAAGCACCACUAAGAUGCCUUAUGGGGUCAAGGUCGCCUCGGUUGACUACGACGAUGAAGGUUCCCUCGUCGCCGCUCUCAAGGGCCAGCAGUUCCUCGCCAUCACCAUGUCUGUGACUGCUCCUCACGACACCCAAGAGAAAGUCAUCAAGGCGGCUGCCAAAGCAGGUGUGCCUUGGAUCAUGCCAAACUGCUACGGUACCGAUGUUCACAACAAGGAGCUAGCUCGGGACAACUUCACUGGAGAAGGGGUUCUGAGCGGAAUUAAAGCCAUCGAGGAUGUUGGCUUUUCAUCGUGGAUCACCAUGUGCUGUUCGUUCUGGUAUGAGUUUUCCAUUGCACAAGCUCCGGAGUGGUACGGCUUUGACUUCGCCAACAAGAAGAUGACGCUUUACGAUGACGGAAAGACUCGCAUCAACACAUCUACAUGGCUGCAGUGUGGAAGAGCCAUUGCCGCUCUGCUAAGCCUCAAAGAGUUGCCGGAGGAUGAGAACGACCAAUCCCCGACGAUUUCGCGCUGGAGGAACAAGCCCAUGUAUGUCUCAAGCUUCCUGGUUUCGCAGCGAGAGAUGCUCGAUAGCAUCCAGCGCGUAACCGGAACAACGGACAAGGACUGGACGAUUGAAUAUGAAGGAGCCAAAGCUCGUUGGGAACGAGGAGUGAAAUUGAUGCAAAGCGGUGACCCACGAGGCAGAGCCCAGGCUAUGUAUUCGCGUACAUUCUUUUCCAAUGGCGAUGGAGACUUUCAGUCCAAAUAUGGCCUCGACAAUGACAUUCUCGGCCUCCCAGAGGAGCACAUGGACGAGGCGUCGAGAAGAACAAUGGCAAUGGUCGAUGGAGGAUAUAACUACUUUGCGAACAGGAUUUGAGAGAGUGGUGGGCGAUGAACGGAUAGAAAGCUAGUGAGACAUAAACACACUGUUAUACCAGUUUGAAACAGUUGCCUCCAUUCCAG